GAUUGGUAGCGGUUGUAUAAUCAGAUUGGAGGCAGGUUGAUCAUUGAGAACCGCCGGCUUGGGUAGACAAUGAUGAGGCGGUGAAGCACUGCUAAUGAAAGUGUAAUCUACGUAUAUCCUGACAAAUGAAUUAACCGUUUUCGACUUUUGUGCAAAAAUGACGACGACCAAGAACUUUCAAGGGAUAGAGCCCGGAGCCAAAAGCAGUUCCAGGGUUUUGCGCCCUCCUGGUGGUGGCUCCAACAUUUCAUUUGGUGCAGAUGGGGACAAACCACCGGUUCGGAAAAACAAAAUGGCCUCCAGUGUUUUUGCUGAGCCAGAAGACCCCUAUGCUAAUCGAAGAAACAACCCACCAGGUGGAAAGCCCACAGGUGUGCUGUGUGGUGAGCCUUCAGCCCCCCUGAGGAGAGGAGGGAACCACACCACCAAUCACUCAGCAGAUGCCCCCGCCAUGGAAGGAGAGAAUUCUGUGUAUGAUCAUGUGCCCUUUUCCCCAUGUCUGUGUUCAGACAAAAGUGCAGCUGAAUCUGAAGCAGCUCCAGAGCAGCAUCAGCCACCUCCUCCUCAGCAGCAGCAGCAGCAGCAGCAGCAGCAGCAGCAGCAGCAGCAACAGGAGGAGGAAGCCCCAGCAGCUGAGGAGACAGUUGCAGGAUCAGGCCGCAGGAAUCCUCCGGGGGGCAAGUCCAGCCUCAUCCUGGGUUGAAUUCCUACCAACUUGCCCCUCCAUUAAUCUAUGAACUCAUCUUUUUAUUUCUCCAUUUUUUUUUUAUUUUUAUUUUUUUCCCCAAACAAGGAUCCCAGCCCAUUUGUCUGUCCUGAUGUCAACCAGGAACCAGUGCCCUCCACAUCCCCAAGUGCAUUGUUUUGAUACCUCUUUUUUGGAGACCGUUUUGUACUGUUUUUAUUGUUUGUUUAUUUUGACAGAAGCACUUUAUGUAUUUCUAUGUGCAUGGUUCAGCGUCUGCCUUUGCCCAUGUUACGCAUUACGCCUGUCAGAAAGGGCACAAGGACCACAUUUCUCAUGUCAAAUAAUGAUAACCCCCGCUCACCCACCCACCCAAACUUUAUUACAACAGCACAAGCUGUAUGUAAUUAUACUAAUGGUUUCUAGAACACAAGCCAAGAAAAAGCUGUCACUUUUGCACUGUGUUCAGUUUUGACCCAUUGUGCAUGCACAUCUGGUCUGUAAUGUAUGAAUGUGAGAUGAAACUGUUAACUGUGAAGAUUUUUUUGUUUUAAUAAGCUCUUCCUGUUUGUUGUUUUUGUUUUGUUUUUUUCUGUGUGAAAUAAUUGUUGUAUUGUUGUUGCAUGAAGUUGGAAUCUUUCUACUGACUACUAGUACUAAUAUCCACAUAGGAGCCAAAUAUGAGCCUCAUAAAUUACUGUAUUGUUAGGCCCCAUGUCAGGCAACACAAUUGGAGCUAGCCUUUUUCAUAUAGUAGUCACAACUGACUCUUCUUAGACUAUUCUAACUCCAGUGCCAGUUUUGAGUACCCCGUGUUUUUACAGGUAAAAUUUACUCUAAAAGAAAAGGUGCCCGUUACAAUAACAUCCAACAAGGCUGUGUUUCCUCAUACUCUAUCCUAACAAUGUUAAUAACACACUUUUUUUCCACUGCGAGACAAUGGAAUGUUGUUGGUCAUGACACUUGAGUGUUUCUAGAAUACCCAUCCUAGAUUUGACAAGUGACCUUAUGACUGCUCAGCCUUUUAUUUAUGUUUUAGCUCAAUCAUGCAUUUUCACUGGAAAGUACAGAACAGCCUUUUGUAGAUUUCAUGUCACAUUAUUUGAACCAAAAUUCAAACAGUCCUUGCUUCUGUUGUUAAGUCAUGUGUGUGGCGGCUGUGUUCAGCCAGCUGUCAUUUAAGAAAAAAAAAAAAAACAACACAUUUCAGGUAUGUGAAAUGUCCAGUGGUGUCUAUUUUUAACAUGUGUGAUGAUGCAAGAGGACGCAUAGACACCUGUAUCCCGUAUCCAUCCAGUUCCUGUUGCUUGAUGUAAGUCACUGCAGAAAUUUGAAUUCAAGUAAUGGCACAAGUGUAAAUCAGCAUUAAAAAUCAAUGACCAUG